AUGGAGUCGCCGGAGGCGUGCUCGUCCGGGGAGGCGUCCCCCGUCUCGCCGACGGCGGGAGCGGCGGCGGCGGAGCGCCCGUCCGAGGCGGCGGCGCUGCAGGCGCUCGUCGACCGGGUGCGCGCCGGGGAGGUGGACGCCGCCCGCGAGGUGCGCCGCCUCACCAGGGCAUCCGCGAGGCACCGCCGCAAGCUCGCAGCCGCCGUGGACCCGCUCGUCGCCAUGCUCCGCUCCGCCGCGCCCGAGGCUGGGGAGGCCGCGCUCCUCGCGCUGCUCAACCUCGCCGUCAGGGACGAGAGAAAUAAAACCAAGAUAGUGGAUGCCGGUGCACUUGAGCCCCUGCUUGGUUAUUUGCAAUCAAGUGAUCUAAAUCUUCAGGAGUAUGCGACUGCUGCUCUCCUUACACUUUCAGCCUCAUCCACCAAUAAGCCUAUCAUAAGUGCUUCGGGAGCAAUUCCUCUACUCGUGAAAGUCCUCAAAGAAGGGAAUCCUCAAGCCAAGAAUGAUGCUGUGAUGGCUCUCUACAACCUCUCCACAAUCGCUGACAAUCUUCAAGCCAUCCUUUCAGUUCAGCCUAUUCCUCCUUUAAUAGAGCUACUGAAAGGUGGCAAGAGGUCCUCCAAAACAGCCGACAAAUGCUGUGCUCUUCUCGAGUCAUUGCUUGCUUUCGAUCAAUGUCGGGUGGCCUUGACAUCUGAGGAAGGCGGAGUGCUCGCCAUCGUGGAGGUACUUGAGGAAGGCUCCCUUCAGGGCAGAGAGCACGCUGUGGGAGCGCUCCUGACAAUGUGCGAGAGUAAUCGCAGCAAGUACAGAGACCUCAUUCUGAAUGAAGGGGCGAUUCCUGGUCUUCUUGAGCUUACAGUCCAUGGCACACCCAAUUCCCGAAUGAAGGCUCAUGUUCUUCUUGACUUGUUGCGUAACUCACCGUACUCGAGAUCAAAGCUGCAGGCAGACACGCUCGAGAACCUCGUGACCAACAUUGCUUCCCAAAUAGACGGCGAAGACCGUGGCGGCAAGGCGAAGAAGAUGCUUGCUGAGAUGGUGAAGGUCAGCAUGGAGCAGAGCCUGAGGCAUCUGCAGCGUCGGGCUUCCUUCGCUUGA